AUGUCCUCGACAAACGAAACCCCCCCUAUCAAUCCCACUGAUACAGUCAUCAAUACCACCGACACCCUUACCGCUGAUACGAAUAUCAAUACCACCGUUCCAUCCACCGAUACCAACACCAACCCACCCUCGACUACUAGCUUGAUUCCUCCCCCUGACGCUGCUGGCAUUUUCCCAACCCACACGGCGAUUGAGCAUCAUCUCAAGUCCCACGGCAACACUCAGCGAUACCCAGUCAGCUCGCUAGAUUCCCGUGACACCUUCAAGACCUGGAAAUGUGGCCUCGGGCCAAAUCGCAAGCAAGAGAAGGCCAAGAGAGAUGACCCGACCCUCAUAAUACCCACCUGCCCAUUCAAAGCGACCGCUAGACGCAACCCGGAUGAUUAUACCUGGUACAUCCGCAUCGAUAAUCCACUACACAACCAUGAGCCCAUACCCGAUUUCAAGCCCAUGGCCUUGCCCAACCUGUCUGAAGACAAGAUUGAGACAAAGCCUAAGACAAAAACCACGAAACGCAAGCGAGUCGACUCUCUUCCAGCUGCACCAAGCCAGACUCAAAACACUCCAACUACCUCGAAACCUCAAAACACAUCUCAGUAUCGCCAUCGAUUCCAAGCGUUAAUCCAAGAAAUGGAAACCCUUGAUGAGGACGUUCAAAAUAACCUUCUCGACCGUUUCUUUCGUGAUUGCGAGGUCGCUAAGGGAGCUAAGACAUUAAAAAAGGGAGUAAGGGCACCAGAAAAUCCUGUACUUAAAUCUUCGCCGAUCAGGCAGCCCGACGUGAUUGAACCCGAGCACUGCAAGGAAACCCCUGUUCACCAAGAAGCAAGUAACAAGACGCAUAAAUCAGGAGUAAUAGCUCAGCACGACGACGACCUAACAGAUCUUGAUGACUCUGACCAAGGAAACGAUAAUAAUGAAGAGAACAAAGAUAAUGAUGAUGAUGAGAUAGCUGCGACAUUACUUACAUUGAAUCAGAGGUCCAAUUCAAAUAAGGAUAACAUUCGUCACCGAGCAACUCGUAGCAAAAAUAACAAGGAUUUGAUAAAGGCAACACGCAAAUCAUCACGUGGUAAUCCUCAAGCUACUGACCUUACUGAAAUCAAUCAGAAUCUGCCAAAUCCAAAGAGGAUGAAGAAGAGCAGUACAAAAUCCAAAGAGGUUGAAGAGAGCAGUAGAACGGAAUCAAGGAUCAAAACAACGAGCAGACCGAAUACACCAAAAGCCAAGAAGAAAUAG